AUGAAUUUGCGCAACUUCCUUUGCAGCCAAGCACAACGCGCGCUAGUAAGAGGGUGCUAUUUCGAAGGGAAAAAACUCUCCUUCACGGGAAAGUGCUUCCUCACCAAUGAAGCCAAACCAUUUAAGGUCGGAAUCAUUGGAGCUGGCCCGUCGGCCCUCUACUGCUGCAAGCAUUUACUAAAACAUGAAAGAGUUAAAGUUGACAUUUUUGAGAAGCUACCCAACCCCUAUGGCCUCAUCAGGUAUGGAGUGGCCCCCGAUCACAUUAAUGUGAAGAAUACGUACAGAACUUUUGACCCUGUUUUUUUAAGCGCCAAUUACAGAUUUUUUGGAAAUGUGCACAUUGGGGUGGACUUAAGAAUGGAAGAACUUCGGAACCACUACAACUGUGUCAUUUUCUGUUGCGGCGCGUCUGAAGUGUCACUGCCCGUUGUGCAGAAAGAUGAGGACAACGCGCUUAGUGAGGGAGGAACCCAGGACGGAAAACAGAGCGGCCUUUUCCAUGCAAGGGAUCUUAUCUACUUUUACAACAACAUGUAUAGCGACAUGCGAUGCACGGCAGUGGACAAUUACCUAAAUUCAUUCGAAAAUUUCACCACCUCCGUCAUCAUAGGGAACGGAAAUGUGUCUCUUGACAUAGCACGCAUAUUGAUAAAAUCCCCCGAUGAUUUAAAUAAAACAGACAUCAGUAAUGACUACCUGAAGGUGAUAAAGCGACACAACGUUAAACACAUUUACAUUGUUGGGCGCAGGGGAUUCUGGGAGUCAUCCUUUACCAAUGCAGAGCUGAGGGAAUUAAUUUCGUUAGAGAAUACCAAAGUCAUUUUAAGCAAAAAAAACUAUGACCUCUGCUGUCUUUUAAAAAGCGAUGAGGCAAAUACAAAUAUGAAAAGAAGGCAACAUGAAAUCUUUCAUAAAAUGGUAAAAAACUACGAGGAGAUGGAAAAAAAUAAAGAGUUUUACAAAACACAUAAAAUUAUCGAAUUCAUUUUUUACUUCGAAAUAAAAAAAAUACGACCCAUCGACAGUGCCAUGAAGAAUGUAGAAUUUGAACUGAACAAAAAUGUCCCCAUGUCCUAUUCGACUUUUAAAGAAAACAAAGUUAUGGUAACUCCACUGGUCAUCUUCGCUACAGGAUUUAAAAAAAGCAACUUCACCGAAGAAUUGUACAAUCAAUCUGUUCAAAUAUUUAGGGAAGAUAUAGGGCAGCACAAAUUUGGCAUUUUCAAGGCAGGGUGGUUUGAUACAGGACCCAAGGGAAAUAUAGCUAGUCAGAUUUUGAACUCAAAAAAUUCUACACAUCUAGUUUUAAACUUCCUCCAGAAAGUGGACACCUUUUUUGACAAUGACAUUUCGAUGUUGUUACAGGAGAAACAAAUUCCCUAUGUUUCCAUCGAUGACUGGACUUACCUCCACCAGCUGGAGAAGCAGAUGGGGGCGCAGCAAAACAAAAUUGGCCAAAAGUUCUCCCAAACCGGGGAGGUGUUGCGUGUACUGAAGGACAGAAUGGGGGGAAGCCACUAA